UACGGAGAUUGAUAAGUCAUAUCCAACCAGGGGUUAAGAGUGGAGCGCCGACAGCAAUGGAUUCGUUGCGAAAAUGGUUGAACAAGCCCAAGGCCGACGAUAAAUCGCUGCUGGCACGAUUUUACCAUGCUGAUCGUGCCCUGACAGCGAUCGCCAGCGAGUUGGACAGCUUCGACGGACGGGCUGAGCCGGUCCGCUGCACUCGGCUCGUUGGCCGCUUGCGCCAAAGUCAGGAUCGCGUUCUGGCGAUCACGAACCAGAUCAUGGACGAGCUGUUGGGGGAGGACCGUGCCUCGCGUGCCUUUCGUGUGAAAUUCCCGGAGGAGGUUCUACAGGAGAGUUUGGCCGGUCAGCUGUGGUUCGGUGCCGAGUGUCUGGCCGCGGGCUCGUCAAUCCUGAACCGUGAGUUCGAGUCGGCCAAGAUGCGACCGCUUGCCAAAGCGGUCAGCAAAACGUUGGAGAUCGUGCGGAGUCGACUGCGCGAGCAGUGCCUUCGCAACAAUACGCCCAACAGUCCGACGCUGCGGCUGGACCUGAACGAUGCGGCCACCGAGCAGUUGUACGAGAGUCUGAAGAUCUUCGAUCGUCUGUUUGCGCAGUUUGAGCUCGUGUACGUGAGUGCGAUGGUGCAGGUGAAGACGAAGCAGGAGUAUGAAAUGCAGGAACUGAUUUGUGUGCUGUUCUCGGAGACGCUCCAGCGCGCACUGAAGAUCGGCCUGCUCGAGCAGGAGCAGGUGGAUUCGUACGAUCCCGCCCUGAUGUUCUCGAUUCCGCGGCUAGCGAUCAUCGCCGGGUUGGCUAUCUUUUGUGAUGGGCCACUGAACAUGGACCAACCGGCGGACAACAUCUCGGAAAUGUUUCGACCCUUUCGCAAGCUGCUCAUCAAGAUGCGCGAUCUGCUGCACACGCUCACCAAAACCGAGCUCUAUCAACUGGAAAAGCUGCUCUGUACGAACGAGGAGAUAAACCUGGGCGAACAACUGAUCUGUGAUGAGGAUGUGGCGAACAGUGGCGGUGGUAGCGGCGGUGGUGCCGACGCGCGCACCGUUCGGAAGGGCGCGGAUGAGUACGAACCGUUGGGUGAGGGCAAGGAACACGUGCUUAUAGUGACCACAACGACCGCCACCGAUGGUGGGGGCGAUGAUCGUGAAGAUGAUCGGACGGAUGGCAUUACUGACGGUGGCGCGUUCGAUUUGAGUGAUAGGUUAGGGUGUGAAUAUAGUGUUGAUAGCAGUACCGGUGGUGGCAGUAGUAGUGGUAGUGGAUACAAGGCAAAGAAUCGGCAGUCGCGGAAGCAGCUUCGAUUACCACAACAUUCCUCACAGCUGUACGAUGAAGAGAUGGUUGCGAACGCAACGGUGAAAGACGACAAUAAUCAACGCAGCAACGACGAUGAAAUCGACGACGAAGAUGAUGGCGCGAAGGAGCAGGACGAGGACGAGGAAGUGGACGAGGAUGGUGUUUUGAAGGACAUUCUCGUCACCUCGGACUGCACCUCGGGAUAUCUGAUACCGAACACGAACUUUGGAAAUCUGCUACAGACAAACGAGGCACCGCUGACGGACAGUUUUAUCGAGACGGACGAUGAGGUGCGGUUACUGAGUGACGAGGCCGCACAAAUGGAGGUAGCAAACGUGCUAGUGGAAGGAGCCAACAUAGAGAGCAUUCUCGCUGGCGGUCAGCAGCUGCUGGAGUCGGAUUCGGGUCACGCCACAGCCACUAACAGCACGGACAUGUCGCCGGAGCUAGAAAGCGAGCGAACCGUGGCCAUUGUCGGUGGGGGGUCCAGUGCUGCUGUUAUAUCGGCGGCCGCCAACAUCUCAGCCAAAGCGAUCCAGCGAUCGGCCGGAAGCUCCGGUUUGCGGAAGAAGCCUCUUCCCACCAAUCGGAAGCAGUCGGAAACGAUCGAAUCGUCCAGCGAAGACGAACUGGAAGCGGACAACGAUAAUGGUUACGUAGAUGCAGAAGACGGUGACGACGACGACGAUGACGACGAGGAGGCGGGACGUGGUGGCGGAAACGAUCGAACGGAAUUUUUUGAAAGCAAUUUUUCGAACGGCCUCUGUCCGUGUGGAAGUCGAAGAAAGCACCCGCGCCAUAUGCGAUACGUUCGUCAUAUGCGGCCGGCAACCAAACCAGCAUCCCACCACUACACCAGCACCAUCAUCAUCCCGACGCAGACCGCAUCGACCAGCAUCACCGCCUCCCACGAUGGGAAUAGUCGUCACCAAGAGCAACGCGCCUCAUUCUCAAGCUGUGAUACUUCUCCGACGCAAAGCGAAUGUAGCGAUGCCCACGAGGUGUCGCUGGCGAUUCGUGCUGCUGGCCGCAACAAGUUCAAAACGACGGAAAACCUGCUCCACCGUUUGUUCGUGUGCAUUGCGGGCGUGGCGGACCAGCUGCAGACGAAUUUUGCGGCCGACCUGAGGAAGAUGCUUAAGAGUGUGUUCGUCAUGAACUCGUCCCCGCCCGAACCGGAACAGCCGCCUCCGAAGGCGACCGUCGGUGUCGGUGAGUCGAAAGAGAAUCAACAUCCGGCGGAUUUGUUUGAGUUCCGGGCCAGCGAAGAGGACGUUAUUACGGCCGAUCAGAACCAUAGCGGUGGCUCAAGCCAAAGCAUCUACUCGGCCGAGGAAGCGAACCCGGAGCAGGAUUCUGUGUUCGUUUCAUCGGGCGAUUCCUCGCCCGUGCGUCGCACGGCGAGUGUGGAGAGCGGCAACGUCACGGUGAACGUGUCCGUCUCGGUCGUCACAUCCUCGUCCGGCAGCGGAGGAAGCGGCGGCAGUGGAGGAAACGUCGGUGGCAUACGCACGGGCCAGGAGCGAAGUGUCAGUCUCAGUGAGGCUUGCAUCGUGGUGGAAGGUGGCAAAGGCUCCCUGCGCCGUUACAGUGCCAGUGGAACGAAAAACGAUUACGGUCGAAGCAGGAGCAGCCCAAACAGUCCAAUCAAUAGCAAUAGCAUUGGCAGUAGUAACCAUAGUUCCGGCAACACCAAUGCAUCCUCCGUGGAGCGGGAUUUACACAUCGACCAGCACCGCCAUGAGCACCAGCACCAACGCCGGAUGCCGGAAGAACCGCCACGGUGGAUCCCGGACUGCGAUGCUCCCCGGUGCAUGGCUUGUGCCUCGGCUUUCACUCCGUUCCGCAGGAGACACCACUGUCGCAACUGUGGCGGAGUGUUUUGUGGUGUUUGCUCCAACCUUUCAGCGCCCCUUCCGAAGUACGGUCUGACGAAAGCCGUCCGUGUGUGUCGCGAAUGUUUUGCUCGUGAGGUCGGCGUGUAAAACCGUGUGAUGUUUUGUAGGUAGUCGUUACGAUGUCUGUCUGUUUGUUUCGGUUUAAAGUCUGUUCUGUUUUGUUGCUUUUUGCUCGCCCCGCGAUGUAACUGAAGCAGAACAUUUUUAUUUUUAUCAUAUGAUUUGUUGCAAAAAGUUUUUUUUUAUAUUUGACAUUGAUCGAUCGGAUUUUAAAUUUUGACUCUUCUAUUUUGUUAGUACUUUGUCUUUGUAUCUUUGUGUCAUUUUGACCUGUAAAGUUAUUUGUUUAGGUUGGUUCUGCAAUUUGCUAUUCAUGUUAUUACUUUUAUGGAACACUAGCUUCUAAUUGACAACUGGGAAUGGUAUUUGUAAGCACAACGAACGCGAAGAAUGUGACCAAUUAAUGACACCAAUAUCAUGUUCAUACAAUAAAUACGAUAGAAAAGCUACCAUUACUUCGAGGGCAGAAAAUCCACUGUCAAUGUGGGUUUUAUGGAGCGCUCGAAAGCAUCCUCAAUACUGCGUGCUCUAGCCCAUUUCCCAUAAAGAAAAAAGGAAAGGCAUACAAAUCGCUGCUAUCGCGGUUCGAUUUCAAAACAUUCCCUCUUUGCUGGAACCUUUCAUAGGAAAAGCCACAGCAUAUUGCUCCUGCCGUACCUACUCCUAAAGGAAAAGUUUGCUCUGCUAUAUCCGUAAUUUAGAAGAAAAAUCGCGAACCCCUUGGCAUUUCGAGAGAAGGAAAUGGAGUGUAACACCCAAUUAUUCAAAGAUAUUUUCUUCAGCGAUUAAAGAAACGUCCAUUCGAAGGAGUUUUGUUCGUUCGUUUGGUUUUAUCGUGACGGUUCAUUAGGUAAUUUUCCGAUCGCUACAGAUAUACUGCUCCCGAUGUAUUUAUCCUCAGUGCGGGUUCCAUCUAAACAACCAUACUGCUCUAGACACGGUCACUGUUGAAGACGUACAUAUUACAACGUUUGGCGAAUAACGUGUUCACCAACAGGUUCUUUCUAUUGCUUCAAAAGUUUCCAGAAAGAAGAAAAACAAAGGCAACAAGUUUCGGAGAAUGUUGCAGGACAGCGGUGGAAGAGAUCGUCGGAGAACGAGGGAGAGAGAUAGAGAUCUAGAACGAAUCAUUGGGAAACAUGAAGGUGAAAACAGGCGAAGAUGUAAUUUGAUAAAGGUUUAAUCCUAAUUUGAGUGAUAUCUAAAUAUAAAUAAAAAACUAUAUAACAUAAUUAAAAAUGGAGUUUAAAAAGCAAGUAAAUUUCUGAGGGCGAAAAGCACUAAGCAUAUAACGUAGCUCGCAUUAUAUUUGAUUCGAGAUUAUGCAGACGCAUAAAAAAAACACGAGAGCGUAUAGAAAAUGCAAAUAAAAGUGUAUUACAGAUCAUGAAACAUUUUUGCUACAGAGAAACACGAUCGCCAGCAGUCGUUUUCGGCGGGGAAAUUAUGAUGAAUGAUGGAUAAUAAAAUCUGU